GUGGGUCACUGCGCCCGGCUUACUUAGAAUAAAUUGAAAUGUAAACGACCUUGUGUACCAAGUGGCCCGUGAUGUGGACAGGGCAGGAUGGUCAUGGUGCCAGGCAGGGACAGCCAUGCAUGCACGUGUGGGCAGAGGGCACUGGUCGGCUGGGACGUCUGCCAGUCUGGGUGUGGGCAGUGACCAUCCCGACCUCACAGGUACUGCCCCGAGUGCCGGAAUGACGCCAGCGAGGUGGUGCUGGCGGGCGAGCGGUUGCGAGAGAGCAAAAAGAAGGCGAAGAUGGCCUCGGCCACGUCGUCCUCACAGCGGGACUGGGGCAAGGGCAUGGCGUGUGUGGGCCGCACCAAGGAGUGCACCAUCGUCCCGUCCAACCACUAUGGACCCAUCCCGGGCAUCCCCGUGGGCACCAUGUGGCGGUUCCGUGUCCAGGUCAGCGAGUCAGGCGUCCACCGACCCCACGUGGCCGGCAUCCACGGCCGGAGCAACGAUGGAGCGUACUCUCUCGUCCUGGCUGGGGGCUACGAGGAUGACGUGGACCAUGGGAAUUUUUUCACAUACACAGGUAGUGGUGGCCGAGACCUUUCCGGCAACAAGAGGACCGCGGAACAGUCCUGUGAUCAGAAACUCACCAACACCAACAGGUUCGUGGAAUCGGCCUUCCGACUUCCUCGCCGGCACACGUCGGCAGUCCUUGGUUCUGUUUUGGGCCUCAUGUCCAGCAAGUGAUAGUCUUGUUGGGAGCGCGGUGGAACAUAGAGAUGGCCUCCGUUUGGUUCCUCCCUUG